CUGCAAAACAACCCGGGGGGAGAAAACAGAAAAGACCCAGGACGCUUUACAGCAGCUUGAGUGGCAUGGCAAACCAGACCUGAAACCAAAAUCGACAUAGGGAAGGGGAAGUGAAAGGUUGGCCGGAGCGUUUAAAAAUUGAGUCUUGAAGGAAAGAGAAGUGGAGAGGUUUUGGGGGAAGGUGAAAUUAGCCGUUAAGAACCGAUCGGGGGCUGAAAAUGGAGCUGCUUUGGAAGUUUCAAGUCUAUGUAUGGAAGGUGGCUGAAAAUUGGAACAGCUCGGCAGAUCUGGCAGCAUCUGUGUCAAGAAAGCAAAGCCCAUGUUACGGGUCCAGGGACACUUUAUUCUGAAAUGUUGAAUUUGCUUUCCCUCCAGAGAUGGAGGUGGUUUGCUUUUCAGCCUGGAGUCCUGUGACCAGAAAUGUGCCACAAAGAUUGAUGGUCUUUGAGGCCCAACCAGUCCACUCCAUAAUCCACGUCACUGGGAUAAUGCUGAAAGCAGAAAUUUUACAAAUGAAUCCUAUGUGACCGUAAGCACAGGGAAUUUGAAUGGCCGCAAUAACUGCAAGUAACAAUGCACGUCCGACAAGAUAAUUGAUUUCUACAUCAUCUAGUACAGAAAUUAUAAAUGGCUUUGCUUCAUCCAGAUCACGAUACUGAAAGAGUGGAAUCUGUUUCAAGCCAAAUGAUCACUGAGAUUCCUAAGACUUUAAAUUGUAGUAGGUCAAAACUGAUUGUGCACUUGGAUUUAAAUAACACCGUCCUGUUGUUUGACACAGUUACCAGACAAGGGCCCAGGAGAGCUCUCAGUUCCUUUCUCACCACUGUUACUUGGGGUCGGAUCAACCAGGAAGGAAAAUGGGAAUGGCUGAGUAAAGUACCUUCCUUGAACCCACCUUGUGAUGGUGCUGUGAGCUAUUAUUCGCAGUUUGGGAGGCCAUUGGAUUUCACAGAGACUGGUGAUGGUUCCCUCUUUAAAAAGAUUUUUACUGACCACCUACAGAAAGUAGAAUGGAUGGGUCCCCACAAUGAGCUUCUGUCUAUGACUGAUGAAGAUGGCAAAGAGUACCAUCGGAUCCUGCCAGCUUUCUUUGAGUUAAUUGAUUGUUUGUCAUCACAAGGCAGAGAAUUUGCCAUCGUACUUCGAACCUUUGGGUCGGACUUGAGUAGAACUUUAAAGACCAUUCAGAUCACCCUGUCUGGUCAGCAUCCUCAGUAUCAACACCUUCAAACGAAACAUCUUCCAUUGAGAAUAUCUCCGGGUAAAAUCCGUUGUAAUAAAAAGAAUGUUGUGUUGACCUUGGGAUCUGAGCGGAUUUCUACACAGUCAGACGAUAGAGCUGUAUAUCAUUAUUUCUCUUCAUUGGAAGGAAUUGUAGGUUUUCAGGAUCAUUUUGACUGGUGGUCUAGGAAUAGCUUCUCAAACGAAGGUGGUAAACCAUUUUGGAUCGAUCCUUCUGAAACUGGAAUACAGCAUAUAUUUAUAGAUGAUAAUAUCCGUCUGAAUGAUGCUGAGAGCAUUGUUCAUCCACAGGUGUUUAUGAAGGAUGGUUCUGGCACCAGGACUGUGCCAACUUCAGAGUUGUUUGAUAUUUGUCUCGUUCAGACAGACCUUCUCAGAGCUAUCCAUGACCGGAGUUACUUCAUCAGAUGUGUUCAACAGUGUGAAGAGAAUUAUAGUAAAUACACUGCACUUUCACAUUGAAGAUAUCCUACCUAAUAUAUUAUCAGGCUCAGAUACCUGAAAAACUCAGGGCAUGUUUGAAAGUGAAACUGGAUAAUAAAGUUGUAUGUAACUUUG